AUGCGCAGCGGAUACGCGACAGAACUGAAGAAGGCUGCGCGGCGUGGACGAAUCAUCCAGCACACCGGGCCAACUGCUAUCGUCAGGGCUGCCAAUCGUCAGCGACAGCGCCGGAGGGUGAAGGAUAUCAGUCCUGCUCUUUGGUCAGUUCCAGGCCAACUAGUACUAGCUUUUUCGACUGCUGCACGUUUUGUUCCGAGGUUAGACGGGAGUUCAAGCCUUUGUCUGGCUGUCUGCAAGAAGACCAACCCCGUCGACUACCACGCAACUCCUUUGGACUUACUAAAAAGACAACUGGAUCGCCCGGAAGAUCCCCUCCCCGGUCGGGGCCGAAAUUCGGAGGGAAUGACUCGUCAGAUGGAGGGGGGUGCGAGCGUGCUUGAGCGCGCGAGACAGUCAUUCACUCACGUCUCUCUCUCUCCCAGAUCUGCCCUGAAUUACAUACAGACAACGUUGGAGCCGGAGUGCCGAUGGACGGAUGGAUUUCCUGCAGCAUACACAGUGAGAAACAGGCAGAGUUUCCUGAUUGGGACAGGGUCUCUGAUGGCAUCUGGCGCCAUUCCCGUUCAGGACCAAUCACCAGACAGGCGCUUCUCCUCGCUUUUGAUUGCCUCGAGCCAAAGUCUGUCCGGUCCCGUCAGGUACCUUCGAAUGACUCCCCCAGAUGAAUGGAGACUUGGUCAUAUUCCUGUGGCGAUCAAACUGUGGAAUAUCUCAUUCCUACAGAGAAACAUUGAUGGUGUUUUCCCUCCCAGAUACCAAGCUUUUUUCACUGGAAAGCUUCAGGUUGAGUUCGUCUGUCUUGGGAACGACUGGCCAGAGAGCUCGAGCACAUCCAGCGCCAGUAAGCAAGCAGUGGAGAUAAAUGCAAUCGGAACAAUCCCAGGCCGGAGUCCAGUCAUCUCCGACCACAACGGAACUGUCAUCAUUCCUGUGGCUUUCCAGUGUUUGAUCCUUGGGACUUCAGCGCCAAAGGGGGCACGAGGCACGGAGAGUGGUGGAGGGGAAAAGCAGAGGGCAGAUGACCCAGUCGGACUGGAAGGUCACGAGCGCGGGCGCUAG